CAAGGUACUAUGAUGCAACAUCCACGUUUGCUCUACCAUGAACUUCUGGUCUCCAGAUAUCAUGACCCUUGCUGUCGUCUUUUCCAGGUGAACCCAUCUUGUUCAGCCCAAUCUCUGGUGGUGGCUGACCUGAUCAAUGGUCAGGAGUAUCUGUUCCGUGUCCGGGCAGAAAACCGCUUUGGAUUCGGACCAUAUGCCGAGACCGUAGACGGCUCCAUGGCCAGAGAUCCCAUCCAUCCUCCAGACCCCCCAACAAGGCUGAAGAUCCAGGCGGUGAAGAAGGACACCAUCACCCUGACCUGGAAGGCCCCCAAGAACGACGGCGGUUCCCCCGUCACCCACUACAACAUGGACCUGCUCUGCUGGGAUUCCAGCGGCACCCAGAAGGAGUCUUGGAGAAGGUGCAACAGGCGAGACAUCGAGACCACCUCCUACAAGGUGGAGGACCUGACGGAGAGAGAUGAGUACGAGUUCAGAGUGACGGCGUACAACGACGCUGGAGCAAGCCGGCCAUCGACCACCGCGGGUCCCAUCCUACUGCAGGACCAGACCUGCGCUCCAUCCAUCGAGCUGAAGGAGUUCUUUGAGGUUGAGCAAGGAUCAGACAUCAACGUCAGGGCCACCAUCCAUGGCUGUCCCUUCCCCACCCUCACCUGGUUCAAGGCCCCUCCCCACAAGCCAGAGGACAAGGCGGAGGUCCAAUAUGACGAACACAUCAACAAGAUGGUUGCCGACGACAACUGCACGCUGCUGAUCCAGCAGGGCAAGAGACCAGACACCGGCCUCUACACUCUUGUUGCCAACAGCAUGGGCAAGGCCUCCAAAGAGAUGAGACUCAAUGUCCUCGGUAGGCUUGACCAUCUAGUUCUAUAUAUCAACUGGUGAAGUUAGUCAGAUGUUAUAACUGUGGGGAAUAUAGUCAGAUGUUAUAACUGUGGUGAAGUUAGUCAGAUGUCAUAACUCUGGCCAAUACAGUCCGAUUUUAUAACUGUGGAAUGCAGUCAGAUAUUGGUUAUAGCUGUGUCGAAGACUGGCAGAUGGUAUAACAUGUGAAAUAGAGUCAAAGG